AUGAGUUUUUUAUUAGCAUUAAACGAGUCCAAGAAAAGUGCAGAAGGCUCUGUCGCAAGUGAUAUUACCGAAGAAGUAUUUGAAAAAGAAAUUCAUGAAAUGAAUAGUUUGAAUAUGAUCAUGCACAUUGAAGACCUAAGGGACAAAUCCUUUGUUGAUGUCAAGGAGAAAAAAGACGAAAAUAAAAUAAAGAUUAAAAACACAGAUGAGAAAGAAAAAGAAGAGAACGGCGAAGAAGAAGGAGAAGAAAAAGGUGGUUCUAUUAAGAACAGUUUUAUGAAGAUAUUUCAAAAGAAGAAAAAGAAAAAAAAGAAAAAAACAAAAAAAAUAAAAGAUCAUAAUAUAAAUAAUAUAUAUGAUUCGAAUUGUUUAUUAACUAAUCCUGAUAAUGUCGACCCAGAUAAAUAUUAUCUUUCAUUCAAUGAGUUGAAGAAAGAAAAUAGUGAAAAUGUUAAUGAAGAAAAUUAUUCUUCAAAUGAUAAACCAAAAAAUAUAGUUGAUUCUAAAGAUAUAGUUCAAAAUGAAGAGAAUAUGAAUAAAGAAGAAAUAAAAGAUAAUAUGAAAAGAAAAAAAAAAAAAAUUAAACUUUCAUCUUAUGGUACAAAUUCAAUAGAAAAUGUAAAAAUCAAAAAGUAUGAUUCGAAUAAGAUUAAUAAUAUGGAUGAAACAUAUAAUAACGUAUAUAAAAAAAAACAAUCAAAUGAUUCAAAGGACAAGAAAUUGAAAGCAAAAAGGUUUAAAAAUCUAAAAAAAAAGAUAACGUCACCAAAAUUUACAAUGCCAACAAAAACGAAAAAUAAAAAGAAUGGGAAUAUUAAUGAAAACAAUUUUAAUUUUGAUCCGGAUGAUGAUUUAAAAAAAGAAAUUGAAAAGAUAAAGAUUGAUAUUGAAAGAAUAAAAAAUAAAGGAAAUAUAAAAAGAAUGUAUGAUGAUUUAAAAUAUAUUUUAUUAUUUCAAAAUGAAAUCGUUGAUAUAAUAAUAGAAGAUAUUCGAAAAAAUAAAGUACGAACAAAAUAUGAAAUGCUAGAAGAUAGUACUGUAAAAGAUGAUGUUAAUAAAGUUAUAUUAAAUCAUAUUACAUUUGAUCUAUUAAAAUUUAAAUAUAUUAAUACGAAAUUAAAAGAAUUAAUUUUAUGUGUUUAUGAUACCAAAAAAUUUAAUGGCUUAGUAAAAAGAAUAGUAAAUAAUAAAGCACAUGAAAUGAGGAAAAUUGUAGACAAAAAUGGAGAAUUAACAGUUGCCAAAUCUAUGUUAUCCUUUUUAUAUAAACAAUUAAAAUACUGUAUUGAAGAUGAAAUUCAAUGUUAUUAUAGUGAAGUAAAAAAAUUAAAUGAUGACAUUCAUAAUAUAAAAAGGAAUGUUAUGAAUAUUAUUUUUAAGUCUAUUAAUGAUGUAUGUACUAUACCAGAUCCUUAUCAAAUAUAUGAUAUGGGUGAUAAAAUUAAUAGGAAAAAAGGUACAAAAGAAAACUAUAAUUUAAAUGAUAUUAAUGAUGAUGAACAAAUUAAAUGUGAGCAAAAUUUUGUGGAAUAUGAAAGAAAACAACAAAUGAUAUGUCCAGAUUACAGUAGUGAUUUAAAUUUAUUUUUUUCUCUCUAUGACAAUAUACAUAUAGAAAGAAAAAAGUAUAUAAAAAAUAAAUCAGUCAUUUUUAAAAAUUAUUGUACCGAUGCUGAUAAUGAUGAUGAUCAUAAUAUUAAUGACAAUAUUAAUUAUAAUAAUAAUGUUAAUAUUUAUGGUAAUAUGAAAAAUAUAAAAACGUCAACAUAUAGAGUUAAUAAUAAUAUAUUAGAUAAAGAUGCUCAGUUUGUAACAUCUUCAAAAAAUAUAAAUGAAUCGUACAUACCUAAUUAUACGAAUAAAUCCAUUCGUUCAGUAGUAUCACAGAAUUAUGUCGCUCCUUUUAAUACGAUCGAGAAUCGACAUACGACAGCUGACUUUAUAUAUGGUGAUCGAAAUAGCAAUUGUUAUAUAAAUAAGAGUUAUGAGAAAACAUCUAAUAUUAAUAAUAAUAUUCCUUUAAAUGUAAAAUUCUUAAAUAAAAAUGCUGUUAAUGCUAAUUAUAAUGUUUCUAAUAUGAAAAUGAAAAAGGAACAUUAUUUGGAUGAUUUGAAAAACUAUUAUUGCAAUAUAAAUAUUCCAUGGAUUGGUAAGACAUGUACGAAUCCUUCAAGCAGUAUGAGUAAAAAUAUUUUAAGAAGAAAAAGUAAUAAUAAAAUAAAAGGAAGUGUGAUUGAUGCUCCCUUAUUUUACAGUGCACCAGAUAACGAUAUAAAUCAUACAAACGAUACAUAUGAUAUAAAUAAUAUAGGUUAUGGAAACGAUAUAGAUAAUAACAACAAUAAUAACAAUAAUAAUAAUAAUAAUAAUAAUAAUAAUAAUAUAUUUGAAUAUGUCGAUUAUAAAAAUAGUGAUAUAUAUAAUAAGAAUAUAUAUCCAAAUAAUGAUGCUUAUAGUAAUUAUCAACAUGAUUCAUUUAAUGUUCCAUAUCCAAAUGAACUAUUUAAUAAGGAUCAUAUUAUGUAUAAUAAUAACCAUAAUAUGAUACAUGAUGAAAAUAUGGUAUAUAAUUAUGAUUAUAAAAUUAAUGAUGCGCAAAGAAAUAAUUAUCCACCAAAUUAUGUGCACAAUAAUAAUAUGAGAAAACAAAUGAAUAAUAUUUAUAUCGAUAAGGAUAUGUUGGAUGGACGUUUUAAUAAAAUGUCACAUAUAAUAAAUAAUAUAGAUGAAAAAUGCUAUGAUUAUGGGAAUUAUAAAUAUUAUAAUUUGGGAGAAAAUCACAAUAAUUCAUUAAAUAUGUAUCAUAAUAUGAAUGAUAAUAUAUAUACUGAAAGAUUUACAAAACAAUCUAAUGGUACUACCGUACGUUGUUUUAAAAGUGAAGUUAAUAUAAGGAAUAAAGAUACAAACAAAUAUAGUGGUUUUGAAAUAAUUUCAAGUAAAGAAGAUAUAAAGAAAUUAGAGAAUUUAUUAAAUGAUAAAUGGGGAAGUUUUAAAUUAUUUGAGAAAUGGAUUAAAGAUAGUUCUAAAUGGCAAUGGAUUGAUUUAAAACUUCAAAAAGAAUAUAUAAAUAGUAAUAUAGAAUUAGAAAAAUUGAAGGAAGAAAAAACGAAAUAUUUAGAAAAAUGUAUAAAUAAUAAAAUAAAAGAAUUAUGGUGUGGUCGUAUGAAAGGAUUAAUGAAUUUAAAGUUAUGUAAUAUGGAAAGAAAAAUAUUAAAACGUUUCUCUAAAUAUCAUAUUAAUCAAGAUAUCUAUGAUGUUGUUCUUGAUUUUGAGAGGAAUUCUAUGUGUUAUCAAGAUUUAUAUGCAAAGUUUUUAAAUAUUGAUGUAUAUAGUAAAAAAGUUGAUUUCAUAAAUAAAUAUAAUGAAUAUAAUGAACAGUUAUAUGCUGGAGGUGAUUAUAUAUAUAAAUAUAAUAAAGAUAAAAAAAAAGUAAAUGAUGAAAAUAAUAAAAUUAGUCAAAAGAAAAAAGGAUAUGUACAAUCAUUAAUUUAUAGUUUUAAUAAGAAAUCACAAAAAAGUAUUAACAAUAAGAAUAAUCUUCAAAUACAAAAAGAAAAAAAAAAAUAUAAUAUUAUUAUCAAGGAUCCUACUACUUCAGUACAAUAUAAAAAUGAUCAUAUAUAUAAUAUUAUGGAUAUAUCAAAUAAUAGAGCAAAUGCAGUUAUUAAUAAAAUAGAAACCAUAAAUAAUAAAGCGGACAUAAAUAAUAACAAAAAAGAUAUAUAUACGAACCUUACAGAAAAUACAAAUAAAAAGAAUAACCUUGGGGAUAAUAAUCAUAUAGAUGAAGAUACUACAAAAAAAGAUCAGACAUAUGAUAAGGGGAAAAAACAACAAAAAAAUGAACCAAAGCAAGAACAAAAAAAAAAAGAACCAAAACAAGAACAAAAACAAGAACAAAAAAAAGAACCAAAACAAGAACAAAAACAUGAACAAAAACAUGAACAAAAACAAGAACAAAAACAAGAACAAAAACAAGAACAAAAACAAGAACAGAAACAUGAACAAAAACAUGAACAAAAACAUGAACAAAAAAUAGAUCAAAAACUAAUGAAAAAAACAAAAAAUAUAUAUAGUAAUGCUCAAUUGAAUAAUAUGACACAUAUAGGUAGCUUUUCAAUUAAGAAAAAUAAAUCACAUUUUGAUAUCAGUCUACAAGAUUCAGGUGGUUUGAUGAAUUCAAAAAAAAAUUCGUUUAAUGAUAGCUUUUCUUUAUUUAGAAGUGAAUGCAAUAAAAGAAUUUCGGAUUUUUCUUUAUCGAGCUUAAAAAUAAAGACAAGAGAUAUUAAUAAUGAAGAAGAUAUUUCAUUUGAGUCUUCAAAAAUUGAUGAGGCGGAAGGAGAAGAAUAUGGGGAAGAUGGUGAUAAUAACGAUGAUGAAAAUAUAGAAAAAACAAAACGUACGAAAAGUAAUUUAAGUACUUUUCGUCGACUAUUUAAUUUGAAAAGAAAGAAAAAGGAUAAAGAAGAAAAACCUAAAAAAUCAGAAGUCUUUCCCUCUGAAUCCUUUUUAUCAUAUUUUAAAAGGCAACCUUCAAGUGAUAAUGCUAAUAAUAGUAUGAUACAUAAAAAGGAAAAUGUUCAUAAUUUAGAUAUAGAUAAUAAUAUCGAUGAUGUUAAUAAUAAAAGUAGUGUUGUAUUGUUAAAUAAUAAAUCUUUAUCCGUAGAAGGAUAUAUAUAUGAUAAUGAAAGCAUAAUUAUAGAAAAAGAAGUAGGUGAACAUUUACAUAUAGAAAAUAUGGAAGAUAAACACAUUUCAUUAGAUGAUAUAAAUAAUGAAGAAAUAUAUGAUAGUCAUAGUAAAUCAUCGAUUAAUCAUAACAUAUACUUAAAUGAUAUAAAUAAAAUAAAUCAAAUCAUGGAACAAAAAGAACACAAGAAUUAUGCACAUAACAUAGAUUUAAUUAAAGGUGUAAAGAAUAAAGCAUUUAAGGCUGAUGAUAAAAAUAACUUAAAAGAAAAGAAUAAUAAAAUUACUGAGAAGGUUACUGAUUUGAAUGAUUCGUAUUCAUUUUUGAAUAGUAGCCGUAGUUCUGAUGAGGAAAAUGAUAAAGGAAAAUGUAAGCAGAGUAAGGAGAUGUCGAAUAUUGAUGACAAACAUGACAAUAAGGGUAAUGAUAGAAAUGAACAUAAUGGUCAUUAUAAAAGUAAUCCAGAGAGUAAUAAUAAGAAUAAUCUUAAAAGUAACAAUAAAAGUGAUUCUAAAAGUAAUGAUAAAAGUGAUCAAAAUAAUAACAUUAGGAACUAUUCAAAAAAUAACAGUAAAAAUGAUAGUAAAAAUGAAAAGAUUGAGAGUAAGGAAAAUAAUAAUAAACCUUGUUAUAAGAAACAAAGUUCUAGUCAUUGUAGUGAGAAAUCACAAAGUAUUUUGGAGGACGAACUGAAAAAACACAAAUUUGAAGACCAUGUUAUAAAUAUAAGAAGGAAAUUAAGCAAGGAAAAAAUGAUUGAUGAUAAUAUUGAUGAAGGAUCAAUAAAAAAUACUAGUAGGAAAAAAGAAAAUUCUUUAUCAAGGUCAGAUGUAUCAUAUCAUAGUAAGGAGGAGGGAAAUAAAUACGAAAAGUAUUCCAAUCUAAGCUUCUUUAAAAAAACGAAUAAAGAUAAUAAAAUAAAUAAGUUUUUUAAGAAUUUAGGAAGAUUUAGUUUUACAACUUCUAAGAAAAAAAAUAAUAAAUGUGUACAAGGAAUUUAUACAAAUGAUAUAAUAUUACAUAGUUUUAGUGAUGAAUCCGACUUAGAAGAAGGAUAUGAACAAAAAAAUAAAACGUAUAAUAAUGAUUCAGAAAAAAUAUACUCCAAAAGUUUUGUAUUAAAUAGUUAUAUUGGUAAGAAAGAUGAAGCUAGUAACAUAAAUACGAGUGAACAGGUUGAUAAUCUGUAUUCUUACAUAAAUAAAUUAAAGAAGAAAAGAGAUAGCAAGGAGUUGGAUAAAACUCAAAAUGAUGAAUCGGUAAUGAAAGAUAAUGGAAGCAAAGUUGAAGUGAAAAAGAGAAAGGAAAAAGAUGAUAAAGAUGAAGAUGAUGAUGAUGAAAAUGAUGAUGAUGAAAAUGAUGAUGAUGAUGAUGAUGAAAAUGAUGAUGAUGAAAAUGAUGAUGAUGAAAAUGAUGAUGAUGAUGAUGAUGAUGAUGGUGAAGAUGAUGAUGGUGAAGAUGAUGACGAUGAUGUUGAUAAUGGUGAAGAUGAUGAUAACAAUACAAGAAUUAAUUCCAAAAAAGAAGAUAAUAAAAUUUCACAAAAUAAUUAUAAACAUUCGAAUAGUAAUAAUCUUCACGAUAAAAAUGAAAAGAAAGAUAGAAAAAACAUUCCAGAGAAUGAUCAUAUUACUAAUAAUAAUUAUUCAAAUGAUGUGAAUCGAUAUGACGAAAAUAAAUAUAAUAACGAAAAUAUAUUAUCCCCUAGAUUUGGUUAUAGCACAUCUAAUAAUGAUGCUUUUAAAAACGUUGACAAAUUAUCUGAGAGUAAUUCAAGUAAAGAUGAAAUUUCUGAAUAUAGUUUAAUGGAAAAUAAGAAUAGUAAAAAAGAUAAAGGUGAAGAAAAUAAAGGGAAAGUACAGUUUUUUAAGGCACAGAAGGAUGAUUCAAAUAAUAUAAUGGAUAAAAAAAAUAAGAAAAAAAAAGAGAAUAUAAAAGAGAUAAAUGAAGAAACAGGAAAAAAUAAAAGUUCCAGAAGCUCAUCAAAUUCAUCAUUAUUAGAUAAUAUAAAUAGAGACAUUAAUAUAAAUCAUAAACAUGAAAGUUCUGAUAAUGAGAGUGAUGAUGAUGAUAAAGAAAUAAUAAAAUUAUCCGAUGAUAAAACAGAUAAUAAGAAAAUUUCAAGUUUUCAUAGCAAUAAUUAUGAUCAUGAAAAUAAUAAGAAGAAUGCAAAAAGUGGAAUAUCAAUAAAUUUUAUAGAAGAUAAAAAAAGCACAUCUAUAUUUUCAAAAAAAAGUAAAAUGAGAGAAGAAAAUUCUUCUAAUUCUGUUGAAAUUAUAAGAUUAUCGAGCUUUAAAUCUAGAAAUGAUUUGAACAAAAAAAAGAUAGGUGCGAAUAAUGACAAGGAUGAUUCCUUAUCAUGUGAUAAUAUUUCAAAUGGCUAUUUAUCAGAAACAAAAAAAGAUGAUUAUUCAUAUUAUAAUUAUGUUCAAUCAAUUCUACCUUUUGGUAUAUUAGGUAAUAAAGGAUCAAAUGAUUCUUAUUCAAGUAACAGCAUAAAGGAAGACGAGAAAUCAUAA